AUCAGUUUCGUGUAUUCUGGUUGUACGUGACACAUACAGUUUAAAUAAUGAAACUAGUCACAUUACUCCUAAUACUGCAAAUUGGACUCAUCCUAGCCAAGUCGAUAGACCACAAACAUUGCAAAGAUUCGUCUGAAAACAACAGACUGAAAAGAAGUGAUGAAAAAGAAUUCACUUCAUCAGAAAUUGAAAAUACAGAUUCACAUAAUAUAGAACUAGAAAAUGCUGAAAUUGAUCAUUCAAAUGACAAUUAUGAAGCUAUAGAUAGAAAAGAGUCUACAACAGAAAGUAAAUUUCAAAAUAAUGAAAACGUUCAAAUAGUUUAUGUACCAAAUACUGUCGAAGAACAUGCAAUAAUUAAAGAUUUGACAGCUAGAAAUAGUGAAGCAGACACCACUGUUUUAUACAAGCCAGUAGAUCCAAAAUAUAUUUUGACUUAUGGACCGUAUUUUAUCAAAAAUGACAGUAAAAAUGCUACAGUUUAUACUGACGUUGUAAAAGAUUCAGAAAUUGAUAUAAAAGAGACUGUAUCACCAAGUAAUGAUUUAGAUUUAGUCAUUCCGAACGUAGAAAGUCGCAAUGCUGAUCCAAACGUAGCUGAAGAUGAUGACGAUACCGUCGAAGAAGGUAUUGUUAGAAGAAGUGCAGAUUUAAACAACUUAAGAGACUUAAGAGUGAAACUACUUGAUCAUUUAUUAGACUAUUUCUUAAAUAUUAUGAGAAAUGGUGAUCAUAGUCAAAGCAAUACGAGAAAAAAAGGCGAAGAUGUCAUAAAUAUCGAGGAGAAAUUGCGCAACUAUUACGAUACUCAGCAUAUUGAUUUGUUAGCUGGUGAUGACGAUGACAUUGAUAGUGAUGAAACUGAUCAUAUAAGUGGUGAAACUCUUAGGAGAAAUGAUGAUGAAGCCAUAUCUGGACAAGAUGAACAAAAUUAUGCCUUUACUACAGAAAAUACUUUAAGGAUCAAAUCAUUGGAAGUCAGUGUAGAUAAGAAAGCAGAAGAUAUUACAGCAGUUGAUAAUUUAGAAAAUAUACAUGCCACACCACCUUUAGGUAACCAAUCUAACGCGGAUAACAAUUCAACAGAAUCCAUAGAAGUUCACAUAGAAUCAAAAUCAGCUGACGAUUCAAAAUACGUCGAUUUAAUUCAAAAAGAAGAUACUUAUAAUCUCAUGUUGAAUUCAGGUGAAAACACGACGGGUAAAAAUUUGAAUUCGAUUCAGACAUCCAUUGAACGGAAAAACAAUGACGUUAUCAAAGACAGAUAUUUUAAUGGAAAAUAUAUUGAAUCAGAAGAAAUUCCAAAUUAUGAUUUCAUAUUCAAAUAUCCAAUUUUUUUUACGACUGAGAAAAGUAGUAUAAAAUUUAAUAAAUUUGGAAAAGAUGAUAAAAAACAUACAAUGAAGAAAGAUGUCUAUAAAACUGACACUGACUAUUGUGAUAUUUCUGAAAAUGUGCCAACUGAAGAUGUACCCCAAAUCCCAGAUACAGAAUUGCCAACAACAACAGAAAAACCUGAAGAUGUAACUUUAUGCCCAGUUAUUGAAACAACGAAGAAAGAUGUUUUUAAUCAUACAACGCCAGAAAAUGACAUUAAAAACGACACAGAAUAUUGUGACAGUUCAGAAAAUGUGUCAACGGAAGAUGAAUCUAAAAUCCCAGAUAUUGAAAUGCCAAAAGAAUUUGAUGGUGAAAUAACACCGAAACCAAAAUUUCAAAAGUCAGUUAUAAUAAAUAAUAAUAUUAAUGUGAAAAUACCUUGUUGCGAUAACAAUUAUGAAGAUAAAUCAAAGGAAAAUGAAAACAAAGAAAUAGUUGAGAAACCUAGAGAUGAUUGGUUAAAGAAGAGAUCCAACCUUAGAGUGAAAGAGUGA